AUGCAGGGUCUGGGGAGACCAGAUAUAGUGAAUGCUGGGUCCAGGGAGAGCAGAUAUAGUGAAUGCGGGGUCCGGGGAGACCAGAUAUAGUGAAUGCGGGGUCCGGGGAGACCAGAUAUAGUGAAUGCAGGGUCUGGGGAGACCAAAUAUAGUGAAUGCAGGGUCUGGGGAGACCAGAUAUAGUGAAUGCAGGGGUCCGGGGAGAGCAGAUAUAGUGAAUGCAGGGUCCGGGGAGAGCAGAUAUAGUGAAUGCAGGGUCCGGGGAGACCAGAUAUAGUGAAUGCAGGGUCCGGGGAGACCA